AUGUCUUUGCAGAGACUUGCAGAGUAUGAACGCGCCGUCGUUUUCCGAUUUGGUCGAAUUAUAAAAGAAACAGGACCAGGUCUUUUCUAUGCGGUACCCUGCAUAGAUUCAUUUGUGCUUGUGGACAUUAGAACAGUCACCUUUGACAUCCCAUCCCAAGAGAUUCUGACUAAAGACACAGUUACUGUAUCUGUGGAUGGAGUGGUUUACUACCGUGUGACCUGCCCUAUUUCUUCUGUGAACGAAGUUGCAAAUGCAGGAAGAGCAGCUCAACUCCUGGCACAAACCACUCUGAGGAACAUACUGGGCACCAAGAGCCUUUCAGAGCUUCUGUCAGACAGAAUGGGCAUCUCGCAAAGCAUGCAAGCGGUUCUUGAUGGAGCCACAGAUAAAUGGGGCAUAAAGGUAGAGCGUGUGGAGAUUAAGGACGUGAAGCUUCCCCAUCAGUUGCAGAGGGCUAUGGCUGCUGAGGCAGAGGCCACGCGGGAGGCCAGAGCUAAGGUGAUUGCUGCUGAGGGGGAGAUGAAUGCCUCUCCGGCGCUAAAGGAGGCAUCACUCAUCAUCGCUGAGUCUCCAUCUGCUCUUCAGCUGCGAUACCUGCAGACUCUCACCAGCAUUGCAGCUGAGAAGAACUCCACCAUUAUCUUUCCUCUGCCCAUUGAUAUGAUGCAGCAGUUUGUGCGUAAAAGUUGA